AUGAAGGUGUUUCUUGUACUUCUUUUCGCCAUUGUAGCCGUUUUUGCCAAACCACAACACCCUCAAUUGCUUUUCAAUACCAAUCAUUUAGCUAAUAAUUGUACGGACGUUGGAACUAAUUGCCUAAACUGGGCUCGAAACGGAUUCUGUACCAACUGCAACUGGACUUGUGAACAACGUCGUCAUUAUUGUGAGAGAACUUGUGGAUUCUGUCAUCCGGACUACAAAUGCAAUGAGACUUGUACAACGUGGCCACCAAUGGAGGCAAAGUCCGAAGUGUUGACUGAGGAGGAGAUUCAGACGUUGAAUCAGUAG